UUUCCAUCUGUACCAUCCGACACUUGGCAUUUGCGCCUUGAGUUCAUACGGCCAUGGGCUCUCUCCGCUUUCCCUUCUCUUUGCCUCAGCCACCGAAGCCACCGCAGAGGCCUGCGCUUCGCCAAGCCAUGGCGGCCGCGGCUGUCGGUGCCGGAGUGGGCCUGGCCAUCUCCAUCGCUCUCGAACCGGGUGCAUGCGCGUCGGGGAGAGGCCGGAAGGCGGGCAGCGAAGCGUCCCCCGUCUGGGCCACACUCUCCCUCGUCGAGACCCUGCCGCCGACGACCAUCGUGGAACCGAGGAGCGGCACCAAGUUCCCCUCCGUUGUGGACGACGGCCGCCGCCUCUUGGGCAUCGGAGUGCGGUAUUGGAAGCGUCCGAAGCGCAAGAACAACAUCUCCUAUGCAUAUGGUGUGUAUGCCGAUGAGAGUGAUGUAAAAAGAUUGAGGAAGAAAUAUGGUACAUUUUCGGUCUCUGAACUGAAAGGAAAUAAGGAGUUAAUUGAUGAUGUCCUGGAUCAGGAUUUGCGCAUGACAAUCAGGCUUCAAAUAGUGAACCGCAUGCUAAGCACACGCUAUCUGCAUGAAACAUUUGCAAAGGUUGUUGAGAACGAGCUCCAAAAAUAUGGUGGAUCAAAGUCAUCAAACAAUAAAGAAUUGCUUCAAAGGUUUAAUUCUAUAUUUAUGGAUGAACAUAAGCUCUUAGGAAAUUCUAUCUUUGAUCUUUCGAGGGAACGUGGUUAUAUUCUUCGAAUAAGAAUUAAUGGAAAGGAAAUGGGGAAAAUCGAGAGCAAUCGCAUAUGUAAGCCUCUCUUGGAUUUGUAUGUUGGCAAGAAUGCAUAUGACAAACAAGCUCUACAAGAUAUUCAAUCUACUUUGGCUUCCAUUCUCCAGGAGAGAUCUGAUUGAUGACUUCAUGUUUCAUCUAUCAAACAUCAAACAUUGACUGGCAUUAACAUCUCCAAUAGAAGUUGUCUAUAGUUCUUUUUGUAUCAGAAGCAAUUUACCUCUUUCCUGUCAUAGUCUUUGGUCAUUGUAAAUUUGAAGUACUAAAACAUCCUCUCUUUUUUUCUCGGCACCAUUUCAGCAAAUUGUUCUACUUGUAAGAGACAUGGAAACUAAAUUUUUAUAUUCUGACAAACAGGCCCAGGGUUUAUUAUUAUAUAAUGAGCUGAAAAUAAUGUGGCCACAU